CCUCGAGGUGCUCGGGCCGCGCGCGCCCGCGGGGCCGCGCGCGCCCCCCCCCCUCGGGAGCAAGGUCACGACCGCGACACCACCCCCGCAGUACGGAUGCCAAUGUAUUUUCGCUACUCGUGGCGCGAAGUCUGCCUCGGGGCCCAGAUGUGCCGACUUCGGGGGGGCCGUGAGGCAGGGCGGGUGUCGAUGUUCAGCUGCCCACCCCCGGCGCCAGCCUGGGCCGCCCGCGAUGCGCGCGCAUGUGCGGCCCGCGGUGCCGCGCGGCCCGCGCGGCGUGGGGCCCCGCGUGCGCUCGCCGGCGCCUGGCAGAGGCCCCGACAGCAGGAGCUCGGCGCGGGCGGCCCGGCCGGGGACGUCGCCGAGGAAGACCUCGGGCACUGGCUCAGGCUGAGGCUCGGUUUCGGCAUCGCCCGUGCGCUGCGCUACCUUCACUCCCACGGCCCCGUCAUCUAGCACUGCGACUUCAAGGACUCCAACUUGUUCGUGGAAGACUGACGCGACGCCCCCCCCCCAACCCGAAGAUUCUCGACGUCGGGUCCUUCCGGCGAGUCACGCGCAGCGCGAAGCCGCUCGGGGGCACGUUGCGGUGGAUGAUCCCGGACGUGUUUUCGAGCUUCGGUCGCUUCCCACACAAGGCUGCGGGCGUGGUCUCGUCUGGCAAUAUGAUGUCUCUCAAGGUGACCAGCCGCUUUCCUCUGAGGGGGUGUCCCGGCAGGAAGCUCUGCAGUUGCCAGUGGCGGUCCCGCAACCAUGCCAGCGCAGUACUCCGCGGAGCGACCUUUCGAGCACCGCCGAGAAGGCCUCGCGUGUGUGACACUUGUCUUCUUCUCACAAGGACGAGGAGGGACAUUAAGAAGAUGAGAGAGGCACGGUGGCGGAUUGAGCUGGCUUAUGCCUCCCCCUCCUCGGCCAACACUUCUCACCUCGACUUUGUGUAACAGGGGAUCCGUGAUGUCAUCAGUGCGAGCUGCUGUUUAUUGGCACGGCGCGCUGCGAAGCCUAGAGGAUGUACAGAGGCAUCUUACCUGCAGGGCAUGCUGCGAAAUUCAGCAGGGCACGGCUGUAGAGGGACAUUGCGCGAGUUGCAAGUUGUCGAUCUUGGUUGGUGAUAACGUCAGUGUGGCAUGCAGUUUGUGCGGUGGGGAUGGGGAGCAGUGGCACGAGUCUUCGGAUUCAUCCAUAUGACGUUCUCUAAGAGCUCUCAUGACGCAUUCGGAUUCCGCGAUGAAAAUCUGAAGGCCGCCCGCAGAGGAGUUUGAGCGGCCUUCCAGUCGGGAUUCAGAUGGCAAGGCUUGCGCUGUGGCUCAGAGGCCAGCUGGAGGCUUGUACGUGAGCAGCGUCUUCGCGAAGAACAAUCUCCGAUGGGUCGUUCUGCUUGCACGUCUUUUGCCGUACGCGGCCUUGGGGGCUAGUUUUUCGCAGAAUUCGCUAUCUUAGUCGCUUUGACGCGCAUGCGUUCCGCAGCUUUUUGCAUGGCGCUGCGGCCACGCGCAGGUCCCAGAGGGCCGAGGGGCGGUGGGAGCGAGGGGGUGACGUCUAAGCUUUGUGCGCGGAACGUUCGCCAAGCGGAGCCGUGUGCUCAGAUGAGCUGGCGGUGUUUAUAGCGGUUCACGAGAUCUUCGCACCGCUCCGUUCUCGGUUGCGACCCAACCGCACCACGGCCGGGCUGGUUCGUGCCUCUACAUUUGGAUAUUGCGUGGCCACCCGCACGAGAAUUUGCAAGAACAUGGCCCAAGUGGUCGUCGAUGUUCAGCCAUUGAGCGCUUUCACCUGGAAAGCAGCAAGGCUUUCUGUUGGAGGCCUUCUCGAUGAGGACAACCAUACGCGCCAAGGUACGCUUGAAGAGGUAUGCGUGCACAGGGUUGCGCGCCUAGUCCUGCCGCUGGAUUGACAGCUAUCGCAACGCGUUUGUGAUGGCACAGGC